UCCCCAUUUUCCUUAUAGAAAAUUGGGUAGAAGAAAUGUAUAAGAAAUAGUAAUAUCUAAAACUGGCUUCUUCUUGGGAGAGCACUGCCCAUUCUGCUAGAUGGGUAUGUGGAAUGGGGUCCAGGAAACCCUUUGAUUGUCCUGACUUACACCAGAUGAGAACUUUGCCCAGAUCUGGACUUUUGAUCAUAUUGGAUGAAAGUUAAUCCCUCUUCCUUCUGAUCUUGAACUCCAAUUGAAGACAGCCAUGCCAUCUUUCAAGCACCUACAGAGACCCGAGGAUGAGGCUGUUGUGGAUCGGGGGGGCACCAGCAAUGUUGUCAACAUUCAUUAUGAACCAGAAGAGCUGGAAGGGCACAGAACUUUGUAUGUUGGGGUACGGAUGCCUUUGGUAAGACAGGGCCACAGACAUCACAGACCUCAUGGCCAGAAACACAGAAAACGAGAUCGGGCAAAGGAAAGUCUUCCAGAAGACCCGGAGUCCCAUGAUACUCCGUCUCAGAGAGUUCAGUUUAUCCUUGGAAUGGAAGAAGAUGAGGAACAUGUUCCCCAUGACUUGUUCACUGAGAUGGAUGAGAUCUGUGUGAAAGAGGAUGAGGAGUCAGAGUGGAAAGAAGCAGCAAGGUGGUUGAAGUUUGAAGAAGAUGUGGAAGAUGGUGGAGAGCGCUGGAGUAAACCAUAUGUGGCUACUCUCUCAUUGCACAGUCUGUUUGAGCUGAGGAGCUGUAUCAUCAAUGGGAUUGUCCUUCUGGAUAUGUGUGCAAACACUACAGAAGACAUUGCAGAUAUGGUUCUAGAUCAGCAAGAAAUGUCCGAUGAAUUUGAUGAAGUCAUUCGUAAAAAAAUACGGGAAACCCUCCUGAAGAAGCAUCACCAUCAGAAUGAGAAAAAGAAAAACAACCUCCUCCCUAUUGUCCGCUCUUUUGCUGAUGCUGGCCAGAAAAAAGCUGAACCUCAGACAAUGGAGAAGCCAGGAAUGAACUCACUGAAUCUCCAGCCUCCUUCCAACACCUUAGAAGUGAGAAAUGGCUUGGUGCAUGAUACUACUCCAACUGACUUGAGCAAGGCAGAACUCCAUUUUAUGAAAAAGAUCCCUGUUGGAGCAGAAACCUCAAAUGUUCUAGUAGGAGAAGUGGAUUUUCUUACUCGACCCAUUGUUGCCUUUGUGCGCUUAACACCAGCUGUAAUUCUUCCGGGCAUGACUGAAGUUCCACUCCCUACCAGGUUCUUGUUUAUCUUGCUCGGUCCAAUAGGGAAAGGACAGCAGUAUCAUGAGAUUGGAAGAUCCAUGGCUACUCUCAUGACUGAUGAGAUUUUCCAUGAUGUUGCUUACAAAGCUAAGGACCGUAGUGACCUGCUGGCUGGGAUUGAUGAAUUUCUUGACCAGGUGACAGUGCUACCGCCUGGAGAAUGGGAUCCAUCAAUUAGAAUAGAACCACCAAAAAAUCUCCCUUCCCAGGAAAAGAGAAAGAUGCCAGGGACACCAGGAAUCCCCAAUGGAAGUAUUUGCCAUGAUGAAAUGGAAGAUGACAGAGGGCCAGAGCUCCAGAGAACGGGGAGGCUGUUUGGUGGCAUAAUCUUGGAUGUGAAGCGGAAAGCUCCUUGGUACUGGAGUGACUUUAAAGAUGCUUUGAAUUUACAGUGCUUAGCUUCCUUCCUCUUCCUGUACUGUGCCUGCAUGUCUCCUGUGAUCACCUUUGGGGGCUUGCUUGGAGAAGCAACAGAGGGACAAAUAAGUGCAAUAGAAUCCUUGCUUGGAGCCUCAAUGACUGGAGUGGUGUAUUCUCUCUUUGCUGGCCAGCCCCUCACCAUCUUGGGAAGUACUGGGCCUGUGUUGGUUUUUGAGAAGAUUUUGUACAAAUUCUGCAAAGACUAUGGCCUUUCUUAUCUCUCCUUACGAGCGUGCAUUGGCCUGUGGACUGCUUUCCUGUGCAUUGUGCUUGUGGCAACCGAUGCUAGCUCUCUUGUCUGCUACAUUACCCGGUUUACAGAAGAAGCUUUUGCCUCUUUGAUCUGCCUCAUUUUCAUCUACGAAUCUCUAGAGAAAUUGGUGAAACUGGGGACGAAAUUCCCAGUUAACAUGCACAGUGAUCUUGACAAACUGACCUUGUAUUAUUGCAGAUGUUCAGCCCCUCGAAAUCCCAGCAAUGAAACCAUGAACUACUGGCAAAGCAACAACAUCAGUUUCUCAACAGUCCCAUGGGCUAAUCUCACAGUUUCUGAAUGUCGUGAAAUGCAAGGAGAGUUUACUGGCCCUACUUGUGCAACCGAUGGCCCUUUUACUCCUGAUGUUCUUUUCUGGUCCUGUAUCUUAUUCUUCACUACCUUUAUCCUGUCGAGCCUCCUGAAGCAAUUUAAGACUAGUAGUUAUUUCCCAACCAGAGUACGUUCCAUGGUAGGCGACUUUGCUAUUUUCAUUACCAUCGUUAUCAUGGUGUUGAUUGACUACUUAAUUGGAAUCCCAUCACCGAAGCUAAAAGUUCCUAGCUCCUUCCAGCCAACGAGUGAUGACCGUGGUUGGCUCGUUAAUCCCAUAGGGCCCAACCCGUGGUGGACAGUAGUAGCAGCUAUCAUCCCAGCUUUGCUCUGUACCAUACUGAUAUUUAUGGACCAGCAAAUAACAGCAGUUAUUGUGAACAGGAAAGAGCAUAAACUCAAGAAAGGGUGUGGCUACCAUUUGGACCUUUUCAUGGUAGGCCUCAUGCUUGGUGUGUGUUCAGUCAUUGGGCUGCCUUGGUUCGUUGCUGCCACUGUCCUUUCCAUCAGUCACGUGAACAGUCUCAAAGUGGAGUCAAAUGUGGCAGCUCCUGGGGAGCAACCAAAAUUCCUGGGCAUACUUGAACAGAGAGCUACUGGACUGAUGAUCUUUGUAUUAAUGGGCCUUUCGGUUUUCAUCACCAGUGUAUUACAGUUUAUACCUAUGCCUGUUCUCUAUGGAGUGUUCUUGUACAUGGGUGUUUCUUCACUGCAAGGGAUUCAGUUCUUUGAUCGCCUGAAACUCUUUGGAAUGCCACCCAAACACCAACCAGACUUUAUCUACCUGCGGCAUGUCCCCUUGAGAAAGGUGCACCUUUUCACAGCAAUCCAGUUGACCUGCCUUGUCCUCCUCUGGGUUAUCAAGGCCUCUCCUGCUGCUAUUGUCUUUCCUAUGAUGGUUUUGGCUUUAGUCUUUGUCCGGAAGGUCAUGGACUUCUGCUUUUCAAAACGGGAACUCAGCUGGCUUGAUGACCUCAUGCCAGAGAGCAAGAAGAAAAGUUUGGAUGAUGAAAAAAAAGAGGCUGCCGAAGAAGAAAAUGCUGAGAAGAUGAUGGAAAAUAAUCAACAUACUGUGAUUGAAAUACCUGUGAUCCAAAGUAAUUAUCUGACUGUACCUGGAAAUGAAGUAUCUGCAGCACCGAGUGUUUCACCAAAUAAAGUCAGGAUUGAUCCUGCCGACAUCAACAUAUCUGAUGAAAUGUCUAAAACAACAAUGUGGAAAACCCUCACCAUGAACACAGAAAAGCUCUAAUUUCAAAGGGAAAAGCUUUGCCAUUCAGAUCUCUCGGCUUUUGACGAGGUGAAGUAGCACAUGCAGAUGACUCAGGGAAGAGCCAAGAUGUGCAGGCAAGGGAAGAAGAAUACUUUUGCAAUGGAGAAGGGAGCAAACAAACAAACCACCCUGGUACUUAUUUCAUACAAGUAGCUGGGUUCAUAUUAAAGCCAUUCAGAAGUGUUUGAUUAUCCUUUGUGUGCUUCAGUGGGCAUUCUAACUAUACAGACCAGCAAAUCAAGACGCACAUCAAAGUUCAAUGUUAAAACCAGUGUGUGUGUGUGUGUGUGUGUACACACAAGGAUGCACACAUGUGUGAAUUUGCUGUGUUCUGGUUUCUUAGCUGUAGAGGGAUCACUGCCCUUGAAUACUUAAUUUUCUCCACUGUCUGUUUAUUAACAAUUUAGACUUUGAAUGUAUAACAACAACAACAGCACUACAGCACAACUAUUUGGGGGUAGCAUUCUUCAUAUUUAUUUAUUUCCAAGACUACAUGUUCAGUAUGGGGUUUUAGCUGAAUUUUUGCACUGAUUUGUUUAAUAUAGUCAUCACAUAAACAACUAUUAUACAGGAUAUGACACAAUGUAAAUGUCUCCAAGCAGGUGGAAGAAAUGUCAUUGUGAAUUGUUCAUUUUUACCUUUUUCUAAAAUCAAACUGCUUAAAUUUUGUUCAGCUCCUUUUCAUAUAUAUAUAUGUGAUGAGAUCAUCCAAACAUUUACAUGUUUCAGUCAAAGCCUACAUAGACAUGGACCAACAUCCUGUGUCUUUCUUUGUUAAGUGUAUGUUCACGGUGUAGGUGAAUCCAGCCAAGCCAUUGACCUCAGCAAUGUAAAUGAGCUAGCAAGACAGAGAACGGUGAUUGGCUCAACAGGUAUUGAUGCCACAUAGUGUUGACCUGCAGCCAAUAGAGUGCAGGGUGCCUAUACAAAGAGAGGAAUGCUCCGGGCUGGAAAAAAUAUCUGAACUAUGGCCAAAGUAGGGAGAGGAAAAAAAAGAACUGAUUGCAGGUGUGGCCCCAUGAAGAUUCACUUGAAGGGAAAUAUUUGAGGUUAGGGGUAGACUUAGAGCCUCAUAAAAUCUUGUCAUCAAAUCUUCAACAAAUCAAUAAAAUCAAAGCAAAUUGAUGUACUAAACAAGCUAUUUGAUUCUCAGUAUUUCUGUUCUCUGUGAUCAUUUAGAACAUGGGAUUCUGAAAACAUGGCCCUUGUGAGUUUUUUUGGAUCAAGAAAUAGUAUCUAAGUGUUAACUGGCAAGGAGGGAAUGGUGGAUAAAUUGCUGCUUUGGGUCCACUAGGUGGAUUACAAGCAAAGAAGGGAUGCCAGAGAAUUUUAAUUCACAGCAUAGUUUGACAAAUCCCAGGGCAAAACUUCAAGGAAACAAACUAGUCUCUAUAACAAGUGGGAGUUUGCUCUGUGAGCCCUAUGUAUUGCCCACCAGCAUAAGAAUCAUACUCUGUACUCAUCCAUGAGGGACACAAAAUCUUGGCUUUAUGCAUGGGGCAGUAGGCUAAUGGCAUGGUGCAAGGAUGGAGGCUGUCCCUUUUAACUUGCUUAUAUGUCACGUCAGAGUGUGGCAUAUAGUUCUGAUAGCCCUGCUGAUUAUUUUUAUUUGGACCCUUGGUUUCCUUCUCAAGACCCAGGGAAAUUAAGAUGUCUGCAAGAAAUAAGAAAGAGGAAAAGUGAGUAUGACACACUGGAUUUCCAGAGCAAGCGAAUUAUAACCUGACCUCCAUUGUGCUAUUGUACCAUGAAGACCAAAUUUUGCUUUCUUUUUCCCUAUGGACAUACCACUCCGAAUGUGCCCAGUCUCAUCUAAUUGUGGAAACUUUGUUUUGGUUUUCCACCCAGGCUAAUCCUUUGCAAUUUUCAAUCCAUAACCACUGCAGGACAAGAAGGUGUUGGUCAAUCCAGGGCUCUGGGGUAGCUCACCCAGUUUAACUGUAAUACUUUUGUGCCUCGCUUGCAUCAUUUUCUGAAUGUGAUGCUCAAUUUGUUCCUAAAGAUUUGGCGGUACUAGAUAUAGACUUGUAUUUUUAAAACCAGGGUAUGAAUUUAUUGAGGACAUUAUGGAAACAGAAUGUAGAUUAGAAUAUCAACACUGCAGGGUUAGAAGUGGCUGAGCAGCUAUUCCUUCUCUCUGGAGAACUCUGGAAUGGUAGUUUUGCUAUGCUGGGGUUUGUGGAUUUCCUUCACAGGUGUGGAAGGUCUCCCCCCCCCCACUUUCUAGGGGUCCCUUGCAUCCUCACCAAACUACAGGAGACAACCACAUUGGCUUAACUAGUUUAAAAAUUUGAUAAAGCUUGAUAGGCAUACCCACCAGACAUAUUCAGACAUUAUGACAUGUCAGAAUUCAAGACAAUUUGGGCUUAUCAAGGAUGAGCCAGCCUACUGCUUCAUGUUGGGAAACCACUCCUGUUUGUAGUGAGAUCCAAUAAAGAAAUCAUAGGUCCAUGUUUUGUGUAUUUUGUUGCCACUCUGGCUUAUUUCUCUUCCAAUAAGUCAGAGAAAGAAUCCAUGGUUUCACUUAGGUGUGUUGGUGGCGAAACAAACCAGGACACCAGCUUUUGCUUGGUUCAGAUGUUACAAUAAACAAACCACACACUGAGGGUUUAUGGCUUGUUUAGCAGCAUAUAAUCAGGCAGCAUAUACCAGCCAGUAUGCUGCUGGUAAACUAUAAGCCAAAGAUUCAGGCCAAUAGUGAUUUGUCCUGAGGUAUGAAUAGGGCCAUUGUAUCUGUUCCACCAAAGAGGUCUAAUUCUGAUGCAGCAUUAAUGUCUAAAUAGAUAGAUCCCAGGGUCCGCAGUGUGGCUCUGUAACCUGUGCCACUCCCACUACAAUGCCUCACCCCCAGUCCUAAAAUACCAAGCAUGAGACUUGCUGGCUGCCAGGUAUUCAGAGUGAUGCCCCCUUUUGAUACUUUGGGCCUAAAAAUAUAGCAUGUCAAAUCCGCCCCCUCCCCCCAAUUCCCAAAAGGAGAGCAGUGUAAUGUAGUGGUUUAAAUAUUGAACUGGG